CGCGCAGCCAAUGUGCCAUGUCGGAGUUGUAUCCAUCAAUCGCCCAGUGCGCCGUCGUGGCCACGGCGCUGAAAGUCUUGCUCUUGCCCGCCUACAAGUCCACCGACUUCGAAGUUCACCGCAACUGGCUCGCUCUGACCCACUCUCUGCCGGUCAAAGAAUGGUAUUACGAGAAAACCUCAGAAUGGACGCUAGACUAUCCCCCCUUCUUCGCCUACUUUGAGUGGCUUCUUUCUCAAGUCGCGGCCUAUUUCGAGCCCGGCCUGCUCAAUGUCAAGGCUCUCGGAUAUGACAGCUGGCAGACAGUCUACUUCCAGCGCGCCACGGUCAUCGUUUCAGAGCUGGUCCUGGUCUAUGCCUUACACCUCUAUGUCAAGAGCUCAAAAUCGAAGGCGACUGCACACGCAGCUGCGCUCUCCGUACUUCUAUCUCCGGGACUCUUGAUCAUCGACCAUAUCCACUUCCAGUACAAUGGCUUCCUCUACGGCGUCCUCAUUCUGUCUCUGGUGCUUGCCCGCAACAGCUCUACUCUUUUGUUGAGCGGGCUGUAUUUCGCCGCACUUCUAUGCUUCAAGCACAUCUACCUAUAUCUUGCCCCCGCCUACUUUGUCUAUCUCCUACGGGCAUACUGCUUGGAUGAGCAGCCAUCGUUCCCUUACCUCCGCGUUCGAUUUUUCAACUGCAUCAAGCUAGGCGUUGGCGUUGUGUCAGUCUUUUCCAUUGCCUUCGGACCAUUCGCAGCGUGGGGCCAGCUCGAGCAAGUGUUUCGUCGACUAUUCCCGUUCUCGAGAGGCCUGUGUCACGCUUAUUGGGCGCCGAACAUAUGGGCCAUGUACUCCUUCACUGAUCGAGUCUUGAUUUACUUGGCUCCACGUCUCGGAUUACACGUCGAUCGAGAGGCAAUCAACAGCGUGACUCGAGGCCUGGUGGGAGACACGUCCUUUGCCGUGCUUCCCGAUGUUGCACCCUUGACCUGCUUCCUUUUAACUCUCAGUUUCCAGAUACCCGCUCUCAUUCGACUCCUUCUCCGGCCGACGUGGGAAACUUUUAUCGGUGCUAUCACGCUGUGUGGCUAUGCAUCCUUCCUUUUCGGCUGGCACGUUCAUGAAAAGGCCAUCCUCCUCGUCAUCAUACCUUUCAGUCUAGUGGCGUUGAGAGACCGUCGAUAUUUUGGCGCUUUCCGACCGCUAGCUGUCGCCGGUCAUGUGUCUCUAUUUCCUCUCCUCUUCACGGCAGCCGAAUUCCCGGUGAAGACGGUCUACACCAUUUUCUGGCUCAUAGCUUUCUUGUCCUCCUUUGAUCGCCUCGCCCCGGCGUCACCGCAUCGACGAGUCUUCCUCCUCGAUCGCUUUUCCUCCGUCUACAUCGCGUUAUCGAUACCCUUGAUCGCUUAUUGCUCACUAGUGCAAUUUAAACGCAAGACCGUCAAACCCGAAUCGCUCCCCCCGUUCCUCGAUGACAACACCGAGGUCUGGGUAAUUGACGCGACCGGAGAGGUUUUCACAGACUAUGAGAAAUAUCUCAAUCGGCGCGAUUUCUACCUACAGGCAAGCCUUCCCCUCCCCCACAUCCCACACAAGAAUUUCACGUGCGAAUCGACAGGUCAUUCCGGCUACACAUACUUCGAGGCCAGGGAGAGCGAGGUAUGUUUAAGAGAUGGCUUGGACGAGGGCCAGAGUGUAACAACGCCGCAGAUGGAAGCUUCAAAGGAGAUCGACAGCAUAUUUCCCGAGGGCUUGCGGUCCCGUGUGCUGGAAUUCGUGCAAUUCCGAAAUACGGCGCGCAUGGACGACUUGGUCAACGCUGUUUUUGACCAUUUCCGCGAACAUUACAUGGUCGGCGACCGUGUGUCAAUCGAUACUGAUAGCGGCCGCCGCUAUGGCACGAUCACCCAGAUAACAGACAAUUCCAGGCUCCACAAUAUCUUCAGUGGUCAAUCUACGGAUGAUCAGUUCCGCUCCUUUACGUACAUCAUCACUACGGAAGAUACCGGCGAAGAAGCCACACGAUACAAAGCUUCAGAGCUUCAGCGCGAUCGGAGGGUGUAUUCAAAGCUCGUUCUGAAGCAGUUCCUGCGCAGCGCUGUUUCAAGAGAAGCAUGGAACGGAGCGCCUUGGAUGGUCAAAGACCACCUGGCGAAGCGCUACGAUAUCCCGACCAAGGUCCCUGAAGCAAAGACUCGAGAUGCGAUUAUGGCGGCGAAGAAGGCAGCAAACGCCGCACAUGCUAACAGUGCGACUUCUCCGGCAAAUUCUCCAAACAUGGUCCAUGGACCAGAUCCGAGAGGGCCCUAUAUGAAUGGUGCGAGACCGCCGAUGGCUGGUCCGGGGCAAACCACCUUUGUCAAUUUCGCGGCAAACGCUCCUCCCCACUACCUGCAAGAUUCCGUGCGUGGCAUGAUGCCGCCACCAAUGAACGGAACUAGUCUUCCGCCGUUUCCAUAUUCUGGGCAUCCACCUCUACCGCUCAUACACGGACGACCGCCGAUGCCACCGUUGCAUCCCCCACCCCAGAUACCAACAAAUCUUCCCCCGCACCUUGCUCAGAUAGCGCAGCAUAUGCCUCCACCGGGGUCAGGGCUACCCAUCAGCCUCCCUUUCCAGAACAACUUCAUGCAGUAUCAGACUCUGGCGCCAACUAAUCCUCCUCAACUGCCAGCCGUUCCUCUUGCGAAGCCUUUCGAACCAAUCAAGUAUCCCAUUGAAGAUCUAAGGAUCAAGCAGCCACGCAUCAGCGUCCAGCGACCGGCGCUAAAAUUCUUCUCGGACGACGUUCCCGAUGGUGCUGAAGCACCUCCGGAUGAAAAGAAGACGGGUAUCCUGAUGAAGAGCAUGGGCCCGCUAUUAUGCACGUGGGAGACACUCAACGUUCACGACACCAUCUACAUGCUUGAUUCCUUCACGCUAGACGACUUCGUGGAAGCUAUGCGCUUUUCUUCAGCGGAGGUAGAGUGCGAGCUGUUGACCGAGGUGCAUUGCGCUGUCCUGAAGCAGUAUGUCAACGACUCUGGCAAGCUCCAGGUACCUCUUCCCCACAUUUCGGAUGAAGAUGAGUCUGGAGAUGAAGAGUCCAGCAAGGAGACCACGCCAGAGCCAGAGCCCGAGCCUCCAGUCCGGACAACGCGCAGCAGCCUAAGGAAAUCGGAGGCAAACAUGAUUAUGAAGCAGCGCACUCCUACGCCCGAGCCACCAAAACAGCUCCACAAAGCCGCCGAGUUCCUUGCGGAUUUUGACUGGGUCGAGCAGUGUGGGAUCCGAAACUUCAGGGAGGGAGGAUGGGAGGCGAUCCUAGUUGGUCUGCUCCACCGUUUAUCCUUCAAUCCAACUCAUAAAGACACCUGCGACGAGAUCCUCGCCAAGCUCGUGCCUCCAGAUGAAGUGCCUUUGGUGGAGAAGAUUGCCUACAACUAUGUUUAUUUGGACGUAAACCUCCGAAUAGCGGCGCUCGACAUAGCAUUACGCCUCACUGUAACUACCGAGCACUUCCGCGACCAGCUUGUUGCUGCUUCACAGGAGAUGACGCGUCUCCGAAAGGAGAAGAUUGAUUUCCAGAAGAAGCGGAAAGAAUUAGCCGAUGAACUAUUCAAACUUGACAUUGAGCGAAAGAUUCAUCUGCCUCUCAACACCCCAGCCUCUCCGGUGGAGUCAAAAGAGAAUCAAGAUGUCUCCAUGACAGGCAUGGACGAAGUCAAAGAUUCGGAAGCUGAGAGCGAGUCUGCUGAAGAGCCACCAGCCGGCAACCGUAAGCUUCGCAAAACCGUGAAGCAGAAUAAGCGCAAGCGGGAGAGCGAGGUUGCGAAGAAAGAGAAGGCGAAGAAGGCGAAGGCGGAAGCUGCGAAAACCAAACAGCAGAAAGAAUGGGAAAAGCUUCUGGACGCCAUCGAGAAGAAGAAGGAAGAACUUCGAACUUGCGAAGCCAAUAUCAACGAGCUGGAUGACGAUCUCCGGGAGACUCUGGUCCACCGGAGCAAGGUCCUCGGAAAGGACCGCUUCCUGAACAAGUACUACUGGUUCGAGCACAACGGCAUGCCCUUUGGGGGUGUGCCAACAAGCUCUACAGCAGAAUACGGUUACGCCAAUGGUCGGGUCUGGGUCCAGGGGCCCGACGAGUACGAACUACAACCCAAUUUGGAGGAGCCCGCUGUGUCGCAGGACAUGGCAGAGUUUGGCUGGACGGUCCCGAUGCGGAAAGAGAAGGAAGAAGGCUCGACUCAUCUAUCCACCUCUGCUGAGUGGGGCUAUUACGACGACCCCUCUGAUAUCGACAAGCUCAUGGGUUGGUUAGACGAGCGGGGUCUGCGAGAGAAAGCACUGCGCAAGGAGCUUCAAAUCUUCCGUGAUAGGAUCGCCGAGUACAUGGUCAAGAUGAAGGAGCAUCUUGAUGAGACGGAGAAGUCGAAGGCCGAGGAGGAGGAUAACGCACCACGGAUAUCGACCCGCAAGAAGACGUACGCCGAGAAGGACGUUACCAAGAGCCGCUGUCUCCUCUGGACGAACAGCAUCAUGCGGGACGAGGUUGGGCACAACCAUUCUGAGGAAUACGAGCCGCCCAAAAAGCAGAGGAAAGGCGUCGCCAAAGUCACUAAGGGCAAAGGGAGGAAGUGAGCCUAAAUGCGGUCCUCGGACUCGUUCUCCGAUCUGUUGGCUUUCUCACGAUUUAUGGCAACAAUUACAUGGCGUCCCCGGUGUUCCGAAUAUUUCCAACCUAGCAUGUUACUCUACUCGAUGAAGCAUGUUACCGGUCUGCAUUCUCUCGGAGUUGGGGUUCAUAUGGCGAAAAGAUAUAGAGGUCACCGUGUUUUACUAGCUAUUCUCGGACCGCUCUGCUAACCUGGUGUAAUGGGGUGUCUGAUUAGUGUGCUACUCUCGAUGGAGCGAUGCGGCAUCACUGCACGGUGCGUGGCAAUGGCCAGCACCGCGAUUUCUGAGCUAUUCUCAAGCGCUCAGUAUUUGUAGAUAUAACCAUGUAGACAAGUUCAAGCUAGGGUCCUACCCAAAUUCCCAG